GACUAGAGGGAAGGCGAAGGGAUCAGGAGCGGGAGCUUAGGGAGGGAGAGGCCGGUUCGGGUCUGGCCGCUACCGCUGCUUGCCUGAGGUGUCCGGCCGGGGAGCGGCUCCGUCCUCAGUUCCUGGGUACCGUCUGCGAGACCCCGCCGAGCCAGCGUGGGAGGGCCGCAGGCGGCAGGCGCCGCAUCAUGUCAGCCAAGGACGAGCGGGCCAGGGAUAUCCUGAGAGGCUUCAAACUAAAUUGGAUGAAUCUUCGGGAUGCCGAGACAGGAAAGAUACUCUGGCAAGGAACAGAAGACCUGUCUGUCCCUGGUGUGGAGCAUGAAGCCCGUGUGCCCAAGAAAAUCCUCAAGUGCAAGGCAGUGUCUCGAGAACUGAACUUUUCUUCUGCAGAGCAAAUGGAAAAAUUCCGCCUGGAGCAAAAAGUUUACUUCAAAGGGCAAUGCCUAGAAGAGUGGUUCUUCGAGUUUGGCUUUGUGAUCCCUAACUCCACAAAUACCUGGCAGUCCUUGAUAGAAGCAGCACCCGAGUCCCAGAUGAUGCCCGCCAGCGUCCUAACGGGCAAUGUCAUCAUAGAGACAAAGUUCUUUGAUGACGACCUUCUUGUCAGCACGUCCAGAGUGAGGCUUUUCUACGUCUGAGAGAAGAACGUGUGUGCGCUCCAAGAAUUUGGAACGGGGCAGGAGGAAGCUUUGCUUUGCUCCUCCACAUGUUUGAUUUUUGAUACUCCAGCUGAUUCCUCCAACGCAGACCCACCUGUGGCACCAGGAAACCAGCUCUGUAUAGGUAGCCAGUUGGCCUCUUCUCCCAAAACCUCCAUCUUCACUGACAAGACUAAACUCCCAACCCCAACCAAGGGCAGGGGACAAGCCUCAACUCUUUCCUGGUGCAAGCAUGGGAGCAAACCCAUACCGGGAACCACACUGCGUCUGUCCCUGCCCCACUUCCUUGGCCUCUGGUUUUGAAAAAAUUUACCUUCCUGACCCAUUUAGGUUUUUCUCCCUUACCACUUCUAUUUCAUACAGUCUCAUACCUUUAACUUGUAAAAUAGACUAUGAUAUUAUUAUUACAUGAUGUAAUUAAAGCAUUCAGAUAUUCCUACAGUC